AUGAAUUAUGAUUAUAUAGGUGCCAUUAAGAUAAAAGAUGGAUUAUUUUUAGGAGAUUAAUUUGCUGCAUAGGUAUUGAUUAAUGAUUAGAUUAGGAUCUUGAAUUUAUAGUUACUAACAAAGUUUCAAGAAUUAUUAACUGUGCAUCUAAAUAAAUACCAAAUCACUGGGAAUCUAUUGGGAUAGUUUAUAUGUCUUUUCCAUGGCUUGAUACUGAUUAAUAAGUAUUAAGAAUAUCUUAAUCUCUAGGUUAUUUUUCAAUAAGAUGAGAUAAUUAAUAAUAUAAUUAAAUUUGUAGAUGAUGCAUAAAAUAAUGGAGAAAGUGUUAUAGUUUUAUCAGUUAAAGGCCAUAAUAGAUCUGUAGCAACUUUAUGUGUUUACUUAAUGAAGAAAUAUAGAUGGACUCUAUAUAAAACACUUUAAUAUAUGCAUAAUAGAAGACCAGAUUUAGAAAUUAGAGCUCAUUUCUUUAAUUAAUUAUUAUCAGUUGAAACUAGAUUAUAAAAAUAAGGUUAUGGUGCUAAGAGUUAUAAUUGGGAUGAAGUAUAUACAUAAGGUGAAAAUGAUGAAAUUGUAUUAAGAAAUACAUAUUUGAACUCUUAAGCAUAAGGAGUAGCUGAAUUUAAAGAUCAUGAUCCAAAACCAAAAGAAUCUAAGUUCUGCAUAUUUAUAUUUCUAGAUUGAAAUUUGCUGAAAAGGUCUCUAUGUAUAUUCCACCUUAUGACAAAGUAAUAUUCUCUAAAACAAGAUAAAUUUCAGAUGCUAAAUCUAUUAUUAAGUUAUCAGGUUCAUCUAAAUAAAUAGAUCCAUCAUUUUAAUAAUAAACUUAAAAACAAUAGUCUAUAAAUAAUUAAAAUUAAUCCAACAUAUAAUAAUAAUAAUAAUAAUAAUAAAAAGAUUCAUAAAAAUCAAGUGUAUAAUACAUUUAAUCUAUCUAUCCUUAAAGACCUUAAUCUUAAGGCAUUCAAUAAUAAAGAUUAAAUAAAAGUGAUAGUGUUAAAUCUGGAUAAGUCUUAGAUAAUAAUCUUAAUUGUAAAUUCUUUAUUAUUAUAUCUUUUAGAAUCACAAAAAGUUUAAAUGAAUAAUUUUAUGGACUCAAAAGAAUAGUUUCUAUAAAAGUCUCAAUAAAAUAAUGGAACUAGAAGACCUUAAACUGCUCCUAAUUAAUUAAAAGCUCCUAGAAUACAAACUACUCCUUAUAAAAGAAAUACUAGUUCAGGUUAAAGAUAAGAAACAGGAUCUUAACCUAAUUCAUAAUUUAAACCUAUGAGAUAAAGAGCAUAAUCUCCUAAUUCUGCUUAUAAUUCCUAAAAUCCAUAUAUAUAACGAUAAUUUAAAGCCAAAGCAUGGAAAAAAUGA